CGCGGUGUGUCAAGUCGCUCGCACACAUCGCGCGACCAGCCAUGAGUCCCAGCAUAUACGAAUUUGAUCGAGCAUGGUCAAGUGCAUCGCACCCCCCCGCCGCCUGGGCGGUAUUCUCGUCACAGCUGGUGCUGUCCUGUGUGGUUUGACGACAACGACUGUGGCCAACGAAGUGUACGACGUUGUUAUCGUUGGGAGUGGCCCUGGCGGCCUCGUCGCGGCUGAGUACUUGACGCGGGACCCGUCGGUGUCGGUUUUGGUACUUGAGGCUGGCGUGCGUUCCAUGCAGGCCACGGGUGGCGACAACAUUCCGGAUUACAUUCGACCAGACUCUUGGACGGUAUUUGACAUUCCCGGCGAGUACUCAAGCGUGGCUUUCCCCAGCGACGGCAACGGGCGAUACCGCAUCGACUGGAUCACGUCUCCCGCCCCUCUCUACCUCGGCAAAGUUGUCGGCGGAUCCUCGUCCAUGAACGGUAUGUUGUACUUUCGCACGGCGGAUUCGUACAUCCAAGAAACCAAGUGGCCGUACGACGCCGCCACAGUCAACGCCAACUACGACGCGAUUGAGCUGUCUUUUGGGUCGACGAACAAGCCGUCGACCGACGGGAAAUGGUACCUGCAGGAAGCGUACAAUAUCCUCCGCGAUGGCCUUGGAACGCAAGGUGGGUACCGUGAAGUCGACAUCAACGCUGAACGGAACGCCAAGUCCAAGACAUUUGGCCAUCCCCCGUUCACAAUCAAGAACGGAUUGCGCGACUCCCCAGCCAAGACGUUCUACGGCGCAGCUUCGAGCCGCGCCAACUUGAAAUUGAUCAGUUCGGCGAUGGCAUCGCACAUUGUUCAGUCGCAAGGCAAGGCCACUGGCGUCGUGUACUCGCUCAACGGCCAAUCCAUCACGGCGACGCUGACCGGUCGCGGCAGCGUCAUUGUUGCCGCCGGUGCCGUCAGUACACCCAAGGUCCUCAUUCAAAGCGGAAUUGGUCCACAAGACCAGCUCAACACGUUGGCUAACAACCCCAACUUUCCUGGCAUCGGCAAUAACGCGUCCAAAUGGGCCGUCAACAACAACGUGGGCCAGCACUUGUUUGACACGAUCCAAGUCCUGACGACGUUCAAGCACCCGAGCAUGAAGACGUUCACCCACGGAUCGCACCCUCAGGCCGCCAUCAACCAGUACGUAACCCAGAACAAAGCUGGUCCGUGGGCUAGCCCGGACCCGGUGCUCAUCGGGUACGACUACAACGGCCCGGACCAGUUUCAAGUCACGGGUUUCUGCCACGGGUUCAACUUUGGCAGCACCGACCCGACUGAAUUCGGCGUGUCAGUGUAUUUGAACAAUCCUCGAUCCCGGACCCGGUGCGAGUUCAAAGCCGACGGAACGUACCAUUUCAACCUCAAGGGCGAGCUGUACACGCACCCGGACGAUUUGGCGGCCCUCGAUCGGUUUUCGUCCAGCCUGCAGGUCAACUUGGAACGAUCGGGCUCGACGUUUGUUCAACGAAGGGGCAAAGAAGGCGCGAACCACUACGGCGGGUCGUGCAUUCCGUCCAACGACGCGGCUGACUCGUUUCGCUGUGCCGACGGGUCGUUCAAGGUGCUAGGCACGUCCAACGUGUUUGUGGGCGAUGCCAGCCUCAUGCGCGCUGGCACGGUGAACCCGUAUGGCUUUACGAUGCAGAUCGGUCUCCAAGCGGGUCUCAACGUCCAGAAAUUCCUCGCGUCGUCGUCCAACCCGCCCGCAACGUGCUCUGCCAUUGAGGAAAACACCGACUAUUUUGGCAACGACAUUGGGACGUCCCGCCGUCAAACGGCCGCCGAAUGCUGCAGCGACUGCGCGGCGCAUCCCAACUGCAAGUUGUACGUGUGGUUUGAAGGUACGUGCUGGCUCAAGAAUGCUGCCGGAUCCAAAUCGACGCAGCCUGGUCGUCGCGCAGCUAUGUUGCAGUCAACAACACCUCCUCCAGUCACGACCAUGCCUCCAACUACCACCCCACCGACCACCCCUCCCCCCACGACCUGUACACCCAUCGAAGACAACACAGAUUACACGGGGAAAGACGUUGGGGCCGUGCCUCGCAGCUCAGCUGACCUGUGCUGCGCCGACUGCCAAGCCAAGGCCGGGUGCACUGUGUUCGUGUGGUACCAAGGCUGGUGCUACUUGAAGUCAUCGACGGGGACCAAGGUUUUGAACGCAAUCGGCCGUCGAGCGAGCUUGCUCAAACCCCCCAGCACCUGCUCGUCCAUCGAAGACGGCGUCGACUACUUCGGCAAUGACAUUGGGUCGAGUCAACGGCCCAACGCCGAGAGCUGCUGCGACGAUUGCAAGGCCCUCCCCGGCUGCAAGUUGUUUACGUACGCUAGCGGCACGUGCUGGUUCAAAAACUUCAAGGGAGCGGCGGUCCCGACGCCCGGCGCCCGUUCAGGCUUUGUAGACUCGUCUGGAGGUAUCACGUGUGGGGCGUCGGAGGUCGGAAUCGACUUCACCGGCCGUGACCUGCGCAAUGUCGCUGCCGCCACGGUGGCGGACUGCUGCAAGGUUUGCUCUGGCGAGACAUUGUGCAAUGCAUUCAGUUGGACCCAAGACGGAAUGUGCUACCUCAAGAGCGAGCGCGGAUCGACCAAGGGAAAUUCGUGGGUGACAUCGGCCCGUGUGAACAAGUGCUCGCCGUUGGAAAAGGGCAUCGACUACGAAGGCAACGAUCUCUCGUCUGCCGCGGCCCCGUCCGCUGACGAUUGCUGUGCCCUGUGCCGCCAAUACAACGGGUGCAAAGCGUUUACGUAUGCUUAUGGCACGUGCUACCUCAAGAGCGGGAAAACGUCGACCAAAGCGAACCCGAACACCAUGUCAGCCACCGUCGUGGCUUGAAGCGCAAGGUAUCUGUAGUGUUGCUAACUUACAUCUGCAUACAAUGGUUCUUCGUCCAGCGGCGUCCAUGUCGGUCUGUCCGUCCCGUUUCCCCCGUGGACUCGACGCACGACGGGCUACCUUGUUGCAGCCGUCAUCGUUCAUAGACGAGAACGUUCGUGUUGCCCGAUGUGAAUGAAAUGGUGGCCCACAACCUGUG